GCCACGCGAGGGGAGAGGCCGGGCAGGGGCGGCCUGGGGGCUACGGAUGGCGGUGGAUUCUAUCCGGCCGAGGCGGCGGCGCUGGGGCUGAGGCGGCGGCAGGAGGAGGCGGGGCAGGAGGCGCCUCCCCUCCCUCCUCACUCCUCCCCCCUCCCACCCAGGAGUGGUCUUCCCCAGGAAAGCGAAACCCUGGAAGUGGAGCCUGACAAACAAGAGGAGUUCUCAGCUCACCAAGAUAAUUCUGAGACAGGCAGUCCCGAGCGCAGGCUGGGCUGCCAGGGAACCCAGGAGCUGGACGGCUCGUCCCAGUGGCUGGCUGACCAGAAUGUGGCCGGUUCCCAGCAUGCACUGGAGCAGGACACAAGCACUACAACCACAAACGAAGCUAUUGGGACGAGAGGCAAAGAGCAAGAGAGAAUUAAAAUGCAGAACAGUCCUACUCAACAGCACCAUGCGCUGCACAUGCAGGUAGAGUUGGAGAUUGCAUCAGACAGAAUGACGGGCAGCAACCCAGUGUCACCUGCCUCUUCGGGCUCACCUUCCUCCAGCGGCAGCAUCUCACCACCACAUCUCACCCACGACUCGUCUCUGGACAGUCACCUGGGCUUUGAUGGUCCCAAGGCACAGAACAGAACCCUGGUGUCACCUGGGAUGUACACCUCCUCUGACCCGGCAAGCAUGUGGGACAAGACACAUGCCGAGAUCGCCGAGCAAGCCAAGCAUGAGGCAGAGAUUGAGAACCGUAUUGCCGAAAUGAAAAAGGAGGGUUUCUGGUCCUUGAAGAGGCUGUCCAAGGUGCCUGAGCCUGCCCGCCCUAAAGUGCACUGGGAUUAUCUCUGUGAGGAGAUGCAGUGGCUGUCUGCUGACUUCGCCCAAGAGCGCCGCUGGAAGAGGGGAGUUGCAAGAAAGGUUGUGCGUAUGGUGAUUAGGCAUCACGAAGAGCAGAAGCAGAAAGAGGAACGCGCCAAACGGGAGGAACAGGCCAAGUUACGCCGCAUUGCCUCCUCGAUCGCCAAAGAGGUCAAGCAGUUCUGGAGCAAUGUAGAAAAGGUUGUUCAGUUCAAACAGCAGUCACGUCUGGAGGAGAAGCGGAAAAAAGCUCUGGACCUGCAGCUGGACUUCAUAGUGGGCCAGACAGAGAAGUACUCGGACCUGCUGACCCAGAGCCUCAACGAGACCCUUCCAGUUACCAGCAAGACCAGCAGCUCCCACGCCGGCUCUACUGCCUCCAGCCCGCCGCCUCCCAGUCAGCUUAUUGAGGAUGAAGAUGGCGAUUUUCAACCCCACGAGGAGUCAGAUGACGAGGAGACGAUUGAGGUGGAGGAACAGCAGGAAGGGAAUGACUCAGAGACACGGCAACGAGAGAUCGAGCUGCUGAAGCAAGAGGGGGAACUGCCUCUGGAGGAACUAUUGCAAUCGCUGCCUCCCCAGAUCCUGGAGAACUCUUUCAGUACGUCCCCUUGUGCCUCCAGCUCUGACAACGAGGAAGAAGAGGAGGAUAGUGAAGAGGAAGAGGAGCAGGAGGAAAAACACAUCUCCAAGAAUCUGAAGGAAAAACCAAAGCCUGUCACGCAAAGGAAUAAAAAACCCUGGAAGCCUGACGAGGAGGAUGAAGAGUUCACUGCCAAUGAAGAGGAAGCGGAAGAUGAAGAAGAGACGAUAGACGCAGAAGAAAAGCUGGAAGGGGAUGUGGAUCACAGCAAAGAGCUGGAUGACCUGGCCAAGGAAGGUGAGCUGCCCAUGGAAGAGUUGUUGCAGAAGUACGCUGGUGCCUAUGCCUCAGACUUUGAAAUGGAGGAGUCAGAUGCUUCCUCUGAGGCUUCGGAGCCUAGCACCUCUGAGUAUGAAGAGGAGUCAGAAGAAGAGGACACCAGUAGCCAGUCGGAUUCCACCGAAGAGGUAGGGAGCGAGCAGGACGAAAGUGAAGAGGAGGUUGCCAUUGAGGAAGAAGCUUCGACGAAUCAGGAGGAGGACUUUGGUGUUGAGUACCUGCUGAAGCAGGAUGAGGAUCGUGGAGGUGAGGGAGAUAACGAUUCAGCUCCAGCCCCAGGGCCCAAGAAGGAAAUUACUGACAUUGCUGCAGCGGCAGAGAGCCUGCAGCCCAAAGGCUACACCCUGGCUACUACGCAGGUGAAGACGCCCAUUCCUUACCUGCUGCGGGGGACUCUGCGAGAAUAUCAGCACAUUGGCCUGGACUGGUUGGUUACCAUGUACGAGAAGAAACUCAACGGUAUUCUGGCUGACGAGAUGGGGCUUGGCAAAACGAUCCAGACCAUCUCCCUGCUGGCGCAUCUGGCCUGUGAGAAAGGUAGCUGGGGACCCCACCUGAUCAUCGUUCCCACCAGUGUCAUGCUGAACUGGGAGAUGGAGAUCAAGCGCUGGUGCCCCAGUUUCAAGAUCCUCACUUACUACGGGGCACAGAAGGAGCGCAAGCUGAAGCGGCAGGGCUGGACCAAACCCAAUGCCUUCCAUAUCUGCAUCACCUCAUACAAGCUGGUGCUGCAGGAUCACCAGGCCUUUCGACGCAAGAAUUGGAAAUAUCUGAUCCUGGACGAAGCUCAAAAUAUCAAGAACUUCAAAUCCCAGCGCUGGCAGUCGUUGCUCAACUUCAACAGCCAGAGGCGGCUGCUGCUCACUGGAACUCCUCUCCAGAACAGCUUAAUGGAACUGUGGUCCCUCAUGCAUUUCCUGAUGCCCCACGUCUUCCAGUCGCAUCGUGAAUUCAAGGAAUGGUUCUCCAACCCUCUGACAGGCAUGAUUGAGGGUAGUCAGGAAUACAAUGAGAACCUGGUCAAGAGGCUGCACAAGGUGUUGCGGCCUUUCCUUUUGCGGAGGGUGAAAGUGGACGUAGAGAAGCAAAUGCCAAAGAAAUAUGAGCAUGUCAUCAAGUGCCGGCUUUCCAAGCGCCAGCGUUAUCUCUACGAUGAUUUCAUGGCCCAGGCUACCACCAAGGAGACCUUGGCAACAGGGCACUUCAUGAGCGUCAUCAACAUCCUGAUGCAGCUUCGCAAAGUCUGCAACCACCCCAACCUCUUCGACCCGCGGCCCAUCCACUCGCCAUUCAUCACAGAGGGGGUCUGCUUCAACACGGCCUCUCUUGUCCUUCAUACCCUUGAUAACGACCCUUUCAAGCAUGCGGACAUGGGAAUUUUUGACUUGAUCAAUCUGGAGGACCGUGUUUCCCGUUACGAGACGGACACAUUUCUGCCCAAGUGGAAGGUGACAAGGAAGCUGAUUGAGGAGAUUGCUGAGUCCCCCGAUCCUCCUCCCAGGCCGAAACCAGUCAAAAUGAAAGUGAACAGAAUGCUGCAGCCAGUGCCCAAGCCAGAGAAUCGUACUGUGGUGCUGGUGAAUAACCCUCGCCCGGCAGCCCCGCUGCAGAGACCCAUGACUCCUCUUCUCCCGGAGGCACUGACCACUGCCCUGGCUCCCAUCCAUCACCAGGGCCCGGUCUUGCCAGGGUCUGUGCUGUCCCCCGUGCUUCCUGUCUCGGUUUCUCUCCCUGUGCCGCCUUCCCCGGUCACUAUGUCAAUACCAGUGCCUCCCUCUGCCAGACCACAGACCCCAACUCUAGUGCCUCCUCUGAGCCAGAACAACACAGCUGCUGCCCUGCUCCACACCCAGGCAUCCGCUCCACAAGUCCUUCCCAUGGCCAUGACUGCUGCUCAGCUGAUGCCGAACGCUUCUCGGCCGACCUUACCACCUCCUCCCAUUUCUGCCACUGCAACCGCCACCUCCUCACUGAAACUUGGUAUAGGCCCAGCUCCUGUGGGGCAGCUGCAGGCCCCCAACACCCUGGCAGUGUCCGCCAUGGGGCAGCUGCAGGGCAUGUCUGCUGUGGGGCAGCCACAGGCCCCUAGCACCCUGGCCAUGUCUGGCAUGGGGCAGCCGCAGGCCCCCAACACCCUGGCUGUGUCUUCUGUUGGGCAGCUGCAGGGCAUGUCUGUUGUAGGGCAGCCACAGGGCCCCAACCCUCUGGCCAUGUCUGGCAUGGGGCAGCCGCAGGCCCCCAGCACCUUGUCUGUGUCCACUGUGGGGCAGCCGCAGGGCAUGUCUGUUGUGGGGCAGCCACAGGGCCCCAGCACCAUGGUCAUGUCUGGCAUGGGGCAGCCACAGGUGGUUUCUACUGUGGGGCAGCUGCAGUCCCCUAGCACCUUGGUCAUGUCUGCCUUGGGGCAGCCGCAGGCCCCCAACACCUUGGCCGUGUCUGCUGUAGGGCAGACGCAGGCCUCCAACACCCUGGCCGUGUCUUCGGUGGGGCAUCUACAGGUCCCCAACACUCUGGCUGCAUCCGCUGUGGGGCAGCCGCAGGCCCCCAACACCCUGGCCAUGUCUGUUGUGGGGCAGCCGCAGGCCCCCAACACCCUGGCCGUGUCUGUUGUGGGGCAGCCACAGGCCCCCAACACCCUGGCCAUGCCCAGUGCAGGGCAGCCGCAAGCCCCCAACACACUGGGCCCAGCACCUGCAGCGCAGCAGUCCACCAGCACUAUGGGUCCAGGCGCUAUCGGAGGGAUGCUGAAGCCGAUGAACAUUCAUUCCGCUGUGCCCGCCUUGCCCGGCUACAACUUUGCAACCGCUGGAGCUCUGCAGCAACGGUUUCUGCUGUCCCCAGAUAUGCAGGCGCGGCUCCCCUCGGGCGAAGUAGUCAGCAUCGGGCAGCUCGCGUCGCUGGCCAACCGGCCCCUCCAGAGCGCUCCGGGCAGCAAGCCCCUCACCUUCCAGAUCCAAGGCAACAAGCUGACCUUGACGGGGACUCAGGUGCGCCAGGUCACUGUGCCUCAACCGGCCCGACAGCUGCCAAGGAAUGUAGUUCACCUGGUGUCUGCUGGGGGGCAGCACCACAUCAUCAGCCAGCCGGCACAGGUGGCCCUGAUCCAGGCCAUGGCCCAGCAGGCAGGGCAGUCCCCCGUCGGGAUGCAGGCAGUGCCGGGCCACCAGCCGCCCACCAUUCUGCCGGUCCCAGCUACCAGCACAGCCGCUGCGGCAGUUGCUUCUACGGCAACCAUCAGCGUCCCCAUUGCUGCCACCCAAGUGCCCUCCUCGGCAGUGAACAGCUCUGGCGUGGUGAAGAUAGUCGUGCGACAGGCCCCUCGAGAUGGACUGGUACCCCCAUCUCCUGGCCCGCAGCAGCCACCGUUGCGCCCCGCCACACCAACAACCGCCACCGCUUUGCCUGGCCUUCCGGCGUCUCUGAUGGCCCAACGAACCCCGCUCCCCAUGAACCCUGUGCCGCCAGUCAGGAUACCCACUCAGCCGCCAAUGCGCCCGUCCACACCGGCUCCCCUGCAAGCUCUCGUGAGGCCCACGCUGCGGGUGCUGCAGGCGCCAAACCCCAGCAUGGAGCAACAGCUGGUGUCAGCUUCCCUGUCUUCCUCCGUGGCGCCAUUCGCUCUGUCUCCAGCCGCCACCGUCGCUGUCAGUGCCUCCCCUGCCAUGGCCCCCCAGGCCACCUCCAGCCCUGUGCCCAGGGACGAACCGGAGAUGCUGUUGCUUCGCUCUACAACGCCGACUCCCCCUCCCCCUUCAAUCCUUGCCCCACGGCCAAGGCGACAGCCGCCUCCCCCACCUCGGUCACCCUUCUAUCUGGAAUCACUUGAAGAGAAGCGGAAGAAGCAGAAGGAGGAGCGCCUGGACCGCCUCUUCCGCCUCAACGAGCAGCACUGCAACCUCGCCCCCAUCUAUGGGAUGGAGGUGCUGCGCUUUUGCACCCUCUUCCCCCCUGUCCCUGCUGCCUCGUGGAGGAACGAGGAGGAGGAGAGCGAGGAGCGAGCGGGGGCAGCUCGGGACGUAGAACCCCAAGGCUGGAGAGGAGCUAGCUACACCCACUGCUUUGCGGCUCAAGUACAAAGGGACCCGCAGAGCCUUGCGGCCUAUUGGCAGCGCUCAGAGGCUUUGGCCCAGACCAUCCUGAUGCCCCAGCAACGCAUCAAGCAGCUGACAAACAUUAUAGAGAGGUUCAUUUUCGUUAUGCCUCCCGUGGAGGCUCCCGCCAUCACCAUGCACACCUCUCACCCGCCCCCGUCGCUCCUGCUCCAGCAGGCUGUCUUCAAGGAGACGCUGCGCCAAGAGCUGUCGUCCCGGGCCCGUUGCCUGCAUCGCAUUGUCUGCAACAUGAGGACCCAGUUCCCGGACCUCCGCCUCAUCCAGUACGACUGUGGGAAGCUGCAAACGUUGGAUAUUCUGCUGCGGCAGCUUAAGGCUGGAGCCCACCGAGUCCUCAUCUUCACCCAGAUGACCCGUAUGUUGGACGUGCUGGAGCAGUUCCUCAAUUACCAUGGGCACAUCUACCUGCGGUUGGACGGAAGCACUCGGGUGGAGCAGCGGCAGGCGCUGAUGGAGCGUUUCAACGCGGACAAGCGCAUCUUCUGCUUCAUCCUGUCGACACGCAGUGGAGGCGUGGGGGUGAACCUGACGGGUGCCGACACCGUGGUGUUCUACGAUAGUGACUGGAACCCCACCAUGGAUGCCCAGGCCCAAGACCGCUGCCACCGUAUUGGGCAGACACGGGACGUUCACAUCUACAGAUUGAUCAGUGAAAGGACGGUGGAGGAAAAUAUCCUGAAGAAGGCCAAUCAGAAGAGGAUGCUGGGAGAUAUGGCCAUUGAGGGGGGGAACUUCACCACAGCCUAUUUCAAGCAGCAAACCAUCCGCGAUCUAUUUGAAAUGCCACUGGACGAACCAGGCAAGAAAGAAGGAGAGGCUCCGCUUCCGGCACAGGAAGAAGAAGAGGACCCCAUGGCCACCAAGCAGGCUCAGAUUCUGGAGCAGGCUCUGUGCAAAGCAGAAGACCCCGAGGACAUCCGUGCGGCCACCCAAGCCAAGGCGGAGCAAGUGGCUGAGCUGGCGGAGUUCAAUGAGAACAUCCCUUUGGAUACAGAGGACAGACCCAGCAGGGAAGAGGAGGAGGAGAUGUCUAAGGCGGAGCAAGAAAUUGCUUCGCUGGUAGAACAGCUCACUCCCAUUGAACGCUAUGCCAUGAACUUCCUGGAGGCAUCUCUAGAGGACGUCAGUCGAGAGGAAUUGAAGCAGGCAGAGGAACAGGUGGAAGCUGCCCGCAAAGACAUCGACCAGGCUAAAGAUGAGGUUGUCUUCAAGCUGCCAGAAGAUGAAGAUGAGAGCUUGCUGACCGAGGAAGGCUCCAGUAAGAAGAGCAAGAAGGGCAAGGGCUCCAGCCGCACAGCCUCCGAAAGGACAGGCACCCGCAUGAGCGAAAGGCUGCGCAGCACACGCCAGAUGCUGCGCGACGGGGACGGUGGAGAUGCAGAGUCCCCCCAAGCGAGGCUGCCCCACCUCCGGCAUUCCAGGGCGACGGCCGAAGAGGAGGACGACGGUCUGCCUCAGGUGGCCCAGCACACGCGAAGUGCCGCCAUACGGAGGGAGCUGGUGCGGGACGAAACGGCAGCACAUUCCGUCCCGCACUCUCGGAGGACUGUGGCUCGCCGAGAGGAGCUGUGGGCUAAGCCCCCAGCCGGGGGAGAGAGGCUGCAGAAAAUGGCCCUGCACAGGACUGAGGCAUUAGCUUCCUGCGAUAGGAUUUUGAGAACUAAUCCCCACCGGACAGACAUCCCACCUACUGGGGAGAAGUUACGAGUUACUCCCCCAAAACCAGAUCUAGGCGCUGCUGGUGAUAGGAUACCAAGAGGCACUCAGCCUGUGGGUGACAGGCUUCCCCGAGGUGCCUUGCAGAGAACAGACGCCAGCGUGGAUAAAGUUCUGAGGCCAGGCCAGCAGAAACUGGAGAAACCCCUUGGGCUGGAUAAACUCCAGAGCAGCCCCGCUAGGCCGGAGGCCCCAACAUCUGAGUCCCAGAUCCCCCAGCUCCAUCCACAAGGACUUGACCGAGAGGCCAUCAAAUUAAAAGUAGAUUUAAGAGAACAGAAAGAAGGAGAAGUGGCCCGUUGCCGUCCCUCAUCCCCUGGAUUGCAAAUCUCCGAGGAGGUUCCAAGUGUUGAGGUACCAGCAUGUCUGGCGCAAGACGGUUCAGUAGCUGAUGAGAAGCCGUUGAAUAUACAGACACCAUCUGACACAGAGAAGGCCGUUCUGAAGGUUUCCGAGAAGACGCCAGGCCCGUUCACUCCAGUUGCCACUGUGGAACUACCAUAUGAGAGCAAACUAGAGGAUACCCAUGCAGGAGUCCUCGCUGUGGGGGUUCAGGAGGAAUGCUUGUCCAAGCCAGAGGAAAAGGCUGAUAAGAGCAGCGCUGCAGAGCAACGAGAUUCGCUGAACUCUGUGGAUGGUGUACCCACGCCGGGAGCUCACGACAGAGCGCCUUUGGACAGCGUUGGCAGGACAGUGUCCGAGGAAGCCACCCGUCAAAGCUCAGAGGCCGCCCCUCCGGAAAACCCAGGCGCAGUAAUGCUGGAGUCCCUUAGCGAAGCCACCAAUGUCGGGGGGCCUGCACGGACUUCCCCAGACCGCUCUGUGGCAGCUGCUGGUUGUCUCCCUCAGCUGGAAAUUCCAUCUCGUGUUAAAGAACAAAACGGUUUGGAGCAGCCUCCCAGAACGGGCGGCUUGCCUUGUCCCCUUCCAAACUUCCCGAAUGAGCUGAAGCCGAAAACAUCACCUCCGGAGACUGCGCUGCCAGCACCAGAGCCAGCUGGCAGUGAAACCAGCUGCCUCAAGGGACCACUCAAGCAGGGGCCAGGGGUGGUAGGGAAGCUGCUGCCUGAAGAUGAGCUGCAGAACAACAAAGACGAUGUUCCAGCCAGCUGCCCGGAGGCUGAAUCUGUACAGGAGGGUCCGUUAACUGCUGCUGCUGUGAUCUCCCCGGGAGCUCCGUCUUCGGACGAGAACCCUUCGCCAGCUAGAGUUCCCCGUCGUCGAACCAGUGCGGAUGUCCUCAUCUUGCAGAGCUCUCAGGGCAAAGAUGGUCCUGCCGCCAAAGUCUUGCGUAAGUUGCCAGGGCGUUUGGUUACCGUGGUGGAGGAGAAAGAGCUGAUUCGGCGGCGGCGGCGUAACCGUGCACGCAGGCUGAAUGCUGCCAGCAGCAGCACUGUACUGAGUCCCAGUAACAGCUCAGCCCAGAGUGUGUCAGAGCCGGAGACCUCCCCCUCUAGCAAAGAGCUGCCGCUGCUCCGUGACUUGCCGGCCCGUCGGAGAAUUGAGCUGGAGAGCCGGGCAGCAGCCAAGGAGAAAGAUGGCUGUCCGAGAGAAGAGCUGCUGGUUAACGCUUCUGCUGAGCCCGUCAAACGCAAACGAGGGCGUCCCCCCAAGAACAAGACAACUGAGCAGCAGAGUUCAGGGUUGACACGGCCCUGCCUUGAGCCAGCCCUGGAAACCAACCCCCAAAGCAAAGCACCGGAGAAGGUGCCAGAGCUCCAACCCCCAAACAAGGCACCGGAGAAAAAGGCGCCCAAGACCAUCUCUGCCAAGAGAGAGUCUCUCAAGAGUAAGGUUCAGAGUAGCAAGAAUGACAUUCCUGUAGAAAAGCGCAGGCGUGGCAGACCCCCAAAAGUACGGGAACCCCCCAUCAUACCUCCCAAAUCUUCUGCUUCUGAUACGCUGCCAGCCUCACUUACAAACCCUCUGAUCACAGAGCUGUCCGCUAAGGGGCCAGAGCAGCUGAACACACCCGUUGGUCCUGCCCCACUGACAGAGGCAACGUCUAGAUCAACUUCCAUCUCAAAAACGUCCCCUAAAGGACGGAACCGUAUGACCACACAUCCCAAACCCACAUCAAAAUCUGUUCCUACGGCACAAGAUUUUGUGACCAGGCCUCCAAAACCUCUUCCCAAGUCACCUACAGAAGCAUGUGAAACACUUGCGAGUCCACCUGCAGCACAGCCUUUCCUGGAGGAGCAAGGGCUGCCUUCUCCACCGCGCCCAUUCCCCCAGACCACCCCGACUCCCCCGUCAGCAGAAACGCCCCCCAAGCGGAAGAGGGGUCGGCCCCCGAAGAACUCGCCCUCUGCUUGCGUGGAGGUGGCGCAGCCUCCGCCCUCGACCUCCGACCAAGAGACCUCCGUGGAGAACCAGGCCCCAGCACCUCCGGUUCGCAAGCGGCGGAGGCGGAGGAGGAAGGACGAACUGGGCCCGGCGUUGCCAAGCGUCAACCAGAGCUCUUCGGAGGGCGAGGACGCCCGGCCGCUGACCAGACUCGCUCUGCUCAAGCGAGAGGAAAAGCCCGAGUUGAGCAGUGAGGGUUUAGUUCAGCCUUCCCCCAAGCACGUUGGCGCUGAGGGUCCGUCGUCAGCCGAGAGCAGCACUGGGGAACAACCUUCGAGUGACGCCCCCUCCCGUUCCACGCGUCUCCGGCCUGGCAGUCUCGUUCCGCCCCUGGAGUGGGAGACCCAGCGGCGGAAGCGGCGCUGCUCCUUGGGGGGCAGCCGGCUGAGCAACAGCAGCAGGUCUCCCGUCCCCCAGGCUGUUUCCGAGCCGGAGGGCGGGGAGUCGGAGUCCUCCCUGCGGUCCUCCUCGGAGUCGAGCGGGAACAAGUCUGCCCAGCAGCCCAAGCGCCAGUGCCGUCAGUCCGCAGGGGCGCGCGGCAGAGGGAGGGGCCAGCGGCACCGCGGGGGUCUGGCCAGCCGCGUCCUUCGCAGCGGGGCUAAGCCUGCCGAGAGCAGCCGCUCGGCCUCCUCCCCCGUCCCCACGCGGAAAGCGGGCCCGGCUUCCACCUCGGCAGGGGCAAUGUCUGCAGCGCCCUCCGCGGCCACCUCCCUAGCUGCGCCACUUACCUCUUCGCUCAGCAACAGAGGCCGCAAGCCCAAGACGUGA